CAGCAGGCUGCAGUGAAGAGGGUGCCCCCUUCCCAGCCCUGGCCCACCAAGCCGGGACCCAGCUUCCCUCACCCACACUUCUGGAUCCUGACGCCUCCUGAGUCUCCUUCUUGCCCGGUCCGAGAAGGAUCAUGGCCUUGAGGACAGGUGACCACGGUCAGGCUGCAACAAAUGGGCUGAAGGAGAAAGUGCUGACGCUGGACACCAUGAACCCGUGUGUCCGGAAGGUGGAGUAUGCGGUACGAGGCCCAGUCGUGCUGCGGGCGCUGGAGCUGGAGCAGGAGCUGCGCCAGGGCGUAAAGAAGCCCUUCACUGAGGUCAUCCGAGCUAACAUCGGGGACGCACAGGCCAUGGGGCAGACGCCUAUCACCUUCCUGCGCCAGGUCCUGGCGCUCUGCGUCCACCCUGAUCUCCUGAACAGCCCUGACUUCCCCGACGACGCCAAGAGGAGGGCGGAGCGCAUCUUGCAGGCAUGUGGGGGCCACAGCCUCGGGGCCUACAGCAUCAGUUCUGGCACCCAGCUGAUCCGCGAGGACGUGGCGCGGUACAUUGAGCGGCGCGAUGGAGGCAUUCCCGCCGACCCCAAUAACAUCUUCCUGUCCACGGGGGCCAGCGACGCCAUCGUGACGUUGCUGAAGUUGCUGGUGGCCGGCGAGGGUCGCACGCGCACGGGCGUGCUCAUCCCCAUCCCUCAGUAUCCACUCUACUCCGCCGCGCUGGCCGAGCUCAGCGCGGUGCAGGUGGACUACUACCUGGACGAGGAGCGCGCCUGGGCGCUCGACGUGGCCGAGCUGCGGCGCGCGCUGCUCCAGGCGCGUGACCACUGUCGCCCCCGCGCGCUCUGCAUCAUCAACCCCGGCAACCCCACCGGGCAGGUGCAGACCCGCGAGUGCAUUGAGGCCGUGAUCCGCUUCGCCUUUGAGGAGGGGCUCUUCCUGUUGGCCGAUGAGGUGUACCAGGACAACGUGUACGCCGAGGGCUCGCAGUUCCACUCGUUCAAGAAGGUGCUCACGGAGAUGGGGCCGCCAUACGCGGCGCGGCAGGAGCUCGCCUCCUUCCACUCGGUCUCCAAGGGCUACAUGGGCGAGUGCGGCUUCCGCGGCGGCUACGUGGAGCUGGUGAACAUGGACGCAGCGGUGCAGCAGCAGAUGCAGAAGCUGCGGAGCGUGCGCCUGUGCCCGCCCACGCCGGGCCAGGUCCUGCUAGACGUGGCGGUCAGCCCGCCCGCGCCCUCCGACCCCUCCUUCGCACAGUUCCAGGCGGAGAAGCGGGCGGUGCUGGCCGAGCUGGCGGCCAAGGCCAAGCUCACGGAGCAGGUCUUCAACGAGACUCCCGGCAUCCACUGCAAUCCGGUGCAGGGAGCCAUGUACUCCUUCCCGCGCGUGCAUCUGCCUCCUCGCGCGGUGCAGCGCGCUCAGGAGCUGGGCCUGGCUCCCGACAUGUUCUUUUGCCUGCGCCUCCUGGAGGAGACCGGCAUCUGCGUGGUGCCUGGCAGCGGCUUCGGGCAGCGGGAAGGCACCUACCACUUCCGGAUGACCAUUCUGCCCCCCAUGGAGAAGCUGCGGCCCUUGCUGGAAACGCUGAGCCAGUUCCACGCCAAGUUCACCCGCGAGUACUCCUGAGGACACCGCUGGGGGCCAGGCUGGGCCGGCAGGGACGACCCCGGGCGGACAGUGCUCAGGGUCCUGGGGUCUCUGGAGCCCUCUGGACUUGCUCCUGCUGCCUGUGUGGCUGGGCCCCUGCCUCUUUUCAGGCCCCUAAUAAAGCAGUGGGUUGGCUUGGC